AUGUCUUUGAGUUUGGUGAAGGGGACAAUCAUUCUUACUAUAUUUGGACUUGGCAUUUUAGGGAACAUCUUUAUUUUUUUAAAUUAUGUGCACAUGUUUAAAGAAAACAAGAAGAAAUUUAUAUACCUUCUAUACACCCACUUAGCUUUUACAAACACCAUAAUGCUUCUUUUAAAAGGUACACCAAAGAUAUUAGCAGCCUUUGGUGUGGAGAACUUCUUGAAGGAUAUAGGCUGCAUGAUUUUCGUUUACCUAGAGAGAGUGACUCGAGGACUUUCCAUCUGCACCACCUGUCUCCUCACCCUGGUCCAGGCGAUCACCAUCAGUCCCAGAGACUCUGCAUGGAGAAAGCUAAAGCUUCAAUCUGUGAGGCACAUCCUUUCCCCAUUGCUGUUCUUUUGGAUACUCAAUUCCUCGAUAAGCAUUAACUUGCUAUACUAUAUAAAAAAUGUAAGAAGUAUGAACAUAUCACAAACUAGUCAAUGUGAUGGCUAUUGCUGUUUUCUGCCAGGCAACUUGAUAAUGAGAUGGAUUUUUCUUGCCCUUAUGGUCUUGAGGGAUGCUGUGUUUCAGGGGAUCAUGGCUGUGGCCAGUGGCUACAUGGAAUUUCAUCUCCACAAGCACCACCAGCGUGUUCUCUACCUUCAGAGAUCCAAAUUUGCCUACAAAACUCCCCCUGAAGUGAAAGCUGCUCAAUGUGUUCUCUUUCUCAUGCUUUGUUUUCUUUUCUUUUAUUGGGCAGAGUGUGUUCUUUCUCUACUUAUAAAUUCCUUCUUAGAGAAUAAUUUCAUGAUGGUAAAUAUUCAAGAAUAUGUGAGGUUUGGUUAUGAAAUCCUCAGUCCCUUUAUACUGAUUCCCAAAGAUAAAAAUCUGGCUCAAUGGUGGCAUUGA